AUGGGUGCCGGCAUUGCCUUGGUGGCUACCUUAUUGCCCUUAGACGGACAACAUGAAGUAAAUCUAUCACAUUUAAUAUUAAAUAAAAAAGUUAGCAAUUUAAAAGAUGAGAUUGAUAUCAUUUGUUUCAGUUUAGUUUGUAAGAGAUGCAAUCUUCAUUAUUCUCUGUCUUCAUUCCAACAACCAAAACAAAACACUAAAAGUUGUAAUUUUACCAUUCAAAGAUAUAAUUAUUCUUCACAAACCGUUCAAUCUCUGUCCACUAGCAUAUUGAAUCAACAACAGAACAACAAUCAACAACAAACAAUGACAGCUGCAUUAAAUAUCGAUCAAGCUUUGCUCAAAGAGUAUCUCGUACCACCCGAAGUACCAAUUUACAAGUUGGACGUCAAAGAGUCAUUCAAGAAUCUCACACCCAAAGAGAAACUCUACUCGCAUCACUACUCACAGGCUGCAUGGUGGGGUAGUCUCAUCUGUCUCGGUCAGACAUCGGUCGAAUCACAACACAUCUUUGACCUCUUCCAACGUAUGUACUCACUCAAGAACAACGACGCUCUCAAAGCAACCGUUAUUCCAUCGAUUGUCACCGAGCAAGAAUACAGCGACAUCCUCCAAUAUGCCGCUCAAUUCUAUGGUAACAUGGGUAACUAUCUUUCAUUCGGUGAUACUAAAUUUAUUCCAAGAACACCAAAGGAAAAAUUUGCUGCUGUCGUAGCAAGUUAUAAUGAUGCUCAGUUGAAUCAAUUGUGGUCACAAUGUGGUGAUUUAAUCUAUUCACUCGGCCAAAGAGAAAGAGAGUUGGGUUUGGAAGAGAAUGGACUUUCCACUUACUACUCACCGGACAUCAAGAGAUCCGAGAUUGAGUUGGUUCAAAAGUUUAUGGAUAGCCAAAAGAUCUCUCCAUACAAUACUCGUCUCUUUAAAAAGACAGUCGACGGUAAGCUCAUCUACCAGUUGUUGACUGCCUCUGCCCAAGUUACAAAGCAGCCAGAGAACUUUGAAUUCGAAGGAAUCACCAUUCAGAUUACCUAUGGUGACUGGUCACAAUACAUGGAAAAGGUAGUGUUCCACUUGGAACAAGCUACACAAUACUGCGCCAACGACAACCAGUUGAAUAUGACACGCAAGUACAUCGAUAGUUUCAAGCACGGUUCGAUCGACGACCACAAGGAUUCACAGCGUUGGUGGAUCAAGGACAUUUCGCCAGUCGUCGAAACCAACAUUGGUUUCAUCGAGAGCUAUCGUGAUCCAUUUGGAGUGCGUGGUGAAUUCGAGGGAUUCGUAUCGAUCGUCAACAAGGAGAUGAGCAAGAAACUCGGUGACAUGAUCAACGAAGCAACCAAAUUCAUUCCACUCUUGCCAUGGCCACGUGAGUUUGAAAAGGAUGUCUUUAAGAAGCCGGAUUUCACCUCGUUGGAAGUCCUCACUUUUGCAUCGUCCGGUGUUCCAGCCGGUAUCAACAUUCCCAACUACGACGACAUUCGUCAGAGUGAGGGAUUCAAGAAUGUGUCACUCGGUAACGUGAUUGCCGCGCGUAAGGAAGAGCGUGUCACUUUUAUCCGUGACGAAGAUCAAUCGCUUUUCAACAAGUUGAUGACAGAGGCAUUCGAAGUGCAAGUAGCCAUUCACGAGUCAUUCGGUCACGGUGCCGGAAAGCUGUUCACCAAGGACAAAGACGGUACUCUCAACUUUGACCCGGCCACCAAGAAUCCACUCACCGGACAACCAAUCGAUACCGACAAAGAAGUUUACCACGCCGGUGCCACCUACGACUCUGUUUUCAAAUCACUCGGAUCCGCCAUGGAAGAGUGCAGAGCCGAGUGUGCCGGUGUCUAUCUCUGUGUCAACCAAGAGAUUCUCGCACUCUUCGGUCACAAAGGUCAGAACGCCUUGGACAUCUUCUUUGUCAAUUGGCUCAUUAUGGCAAGAGCCGGUAUCUGUGCAUUGGAAUUCUACUCGCCCGCUUCAAAGUCGUGGAAACAAGCACACAUGCAAGGUAGAUACGCCAUUCUCCAGGUUCUCUUGAGAGCCGGCCAAGGUUUGGUCAAGUUGGACAUCACCAACGACAACGUUCUCAUCAGUCUCGAUCGUACCAAGAUCGAAUCGGUCGGUAUCCCCGCAAUCGGUGAGUUCCUCAAGCGUAUCAUGGUUCUCAAGGCAACCGCCAACGUCGUCGAAGCAAACAAAUUGUUCGACGACUACACCGCUGUGCCAGAGGAUUUCCUCAAGCUGAGAGAGAUCGUGCUCCAACAAAAGAAACCAAGAAAGGUAUUCGUUCAAGCACACACCUACAUUGCCAACGGUGAAGUAGUCCUCCAAGAAUUCAACGACAAUGCAGUCGGUGUCAUCGAAUCGAUGGUUACUCGUUUUCCAGUUGGUAACUAA